AUGCCUGCUGUUCCUGCACCCGCCAAGGUUCUUAUCUCAGGUGUCAACGGCUACGUCGGCGCCUGGGUGGCCGAAAAGUUUCUCGAACACGGAUAUUCUGUCCGCGGGACAGUACGCAGCAUAGAGAAGUCCGGCAAACAUCUCUACGACCUGUUUAGCAAGUACGGUGACAAGUUUGAGCUCGUCGAAGUGAAGGAUAUUACCGCGAGGGGCGCAUUCGACGAUGCCGUCAGGGGCGUUGACAUCGUCGCACACACUGCAUCUCCUUUCCACUUCAACUACAAGGUUCCCGAAGAUAUCAUCGAUCCCGCCCUCAAGGGCACGACCUCAAUUCUGGAGUCGAUCCACGCGCAUGCACCGACAGUCAAGCGUGUGGUCCUUACCGCGUCUAUCGUUUCCGUCUGGUCCUAUCUCGUGGAUAAGCCCACCACCUUCACGGAAGAGGACUGGAACGAGCAAGCGAUCAAGGCGGUCGAGGAGAAGGGCGCUGAUGCCGGCCCCGUUAUGAUCUACGGCGCGAGCAAGACUCUGGCAGAGAAAGCCGCGUGGAAGUUCAAGGAGGACCACAAGGUCUCUUGGGAUCUGGCCGUGAUCAACCCGCCCUACGUCUAUGGCCCACCGAUCAACGAGGUCAAGGACCCUCAAUCUCUGGGCACCUCGCAGAAGAUGUUAUUCGACCUCCUCACUGGCGCUUAUUCCCAAGAGCAGCUCGAAGCGACAGAUUUCCAGUACAUCGAUGCGCGUGAUGUCGCGGAGAUGCACGUUCGCGCUGCGGAAAUCGAGGAGGCGGGAAACACGCGCGCCCUCAUCUCAUGCGAGACUGUCUUCGCUCAAGACCUGCUUGACGCCGCCAACGCACUCUCUCCGAAGCCUUAUGACUUCCCAGUCGGAAAGCCUGGCGCGACGAAGGGUAAGCCCCAUGCGCGCGACGUAUCUAUCGAGGCCUUCAAGCGCAUCUACGGUUUCAAGCUGCAUACGACGGAGGAAAUCAUUCGCGACUCCGUCGCAGAUUUCAGGAAGCGCGGGUGGAUUCAGUAG